GAAUAAGGGUUGCAUGUGCGCAGAGUGAAAAUCUAAGAAAAGUAAAUAGUUUGAGGCGACCUCAUAUUAUAAAACAAAAUCAAUACAAUAUAUUUAAUUAAAAUUAACGUGUCUGUAUGCGAUAAACGAGUGCAUAAUUUACAUAUAGAGUAAAACUUUCUGAUCAUAAGAAUACAUAUAUGUCUUUAAAACGAUUUCCGUUCCCUUUGAAUAAUAAAAAGUUGAACUUUGUCGGUAAAACAGUAAGCCCAACCGAGCCAAAGUUUACCUGUGUUAUCGCAAUGGUCGGGAUGUUGAAAUAUGUAUUCUGUCAAUUUCCAAAUGAAAUAUAAAAUAUAAAGAUAGUCUGUAAAAAAUCGUGCCUUCAUCAUGUCUGCACAGCGUGCUUUACCACAGAGCAAGGAAGCGCUUCUAAAAUCGUACACCACAAGAUUGAAGGACGAUGUAAAAUCUAUGUUAGAAAAUUUCGAAGAAAUAGUGAAAUUGGCUAAGGGUGAAAAUGAAACACAGCUCUCAAGAAUGACACAAUGCGAACAGGACACAUAUGAAAUGCAUGUGCGUGCAGCAAAUAUUGUACGAGCUGGUGAAUCCCUAAUGAAAUUGGUAUCGGAUAUAAAGCAGUACCUGAUUCUGAAUGAUUUUCCAUCUGUGAAUGAGGCAAUAGCACAGAACAGCAAACUGUUCAGAACAAAGCAAGUAGAAUGUGAUCAAAAGCUAGCAUCAUUGAGGGAUGACAUGGCUGCAGAUCUUUAUGAUCUGGAAGAAGAAUAUUACACAUCCAUAUACAAGUGACAUUGUCAUAGAAUUAAAGAAUUUAUUCAUGAGCUUGUAUCAGGAUUUUGACCAAUGUAUUGUUAUCUGAAUGUGAUGAUAUUCAUCAAGACUGUAUGAUAUUUAUGCAAAUAAAAUUAAUUUUUAUAUUA